AUGGAAAUUCCUGAUACGGUGAUAGUGAACCGGGUCGAACCGGGUUUGAAGGAGAACGGUUUGAGAGCUGAGAUCGAUACUUCGGCGCCGUUUGAGUCUGUGAGAGAAGCUGUUUCGAAAUUCGGCGGUGUUGGGUACUGGAAACCUACUAACAAUGUUAACCUCAUCACUCCUCAGCAGGAAAACAAAAGCGAGGUUGAUGCUGGAAAAUUGGAAGAACAAACAGUGGGAUUGGAAAAAGAGCUUAUACUCAAAGAAAGGGAAACACUUGAUGUCUUAAAAGAACUUGAAAGUACGAAAAAGCUUGUUGAAAAUUUGAAAUCAAAGCUUCAUGCAGAAGAAUCUGAAGCAAAUUUGAAUAUUAAGAUGAAUUUAUGCGACAAAAAGGAGAAUGAGAAAGAAGAAGAAAAGGAAAAUCAAGUGAGUCGGGUUUGGUACAAUUCAACAUCGCCUGGUUUAAUAUUAAAGGAAUUGAAGCAGGCGAAACUGAAUUUAAACCGGUCUACGAACGAUAUCGCUGAUGUUCGAGUUUGUGUUGAGUCACUCAAUAAGAAAUUAGAGAAGGAAAGAAUCUCUCUCGAGAAAACGCGUGUGAGGUUGACUCAGAAUUCUUCGAAACUAACUUGUCUAGAGGAAGAGCUAAACCAAACAAGACUUAAGCUGCAAGUAGUGAAAGAUGCUGAAAUCGAAUGUGGUUCGGAUGAACCUUCUGAUGUUACGAAGGAGUUUCAACGGCUGAGUUCCGAGGCAGAAUGUUUCAAGAAAAUGGGAGAAGCUGCGAAAUCGGAAGUCGUGAGAGCAAUGUCUGAGAUUGAACAGACAAAAGCUAUGAUAACAACAUCCGAAAUAAGGUUGGUUGCUGCGCGGAAAAUGAAGGAAGCUGCUAAAGCGGCCGAAGCUGCUGCAAUGGUUGAGAUAAAAGCGCUAUCUUAUCAUGAUGGAGAUUGUAUGCAAAAGCGCGACGGAGUUACUCUAACCUUUGAAGAGUAUAAUGCUCUAAUGUGCAAAGCUCGUGAAGCCGAGGAACAAUCAAAGAAGAGAGUUGUUGAUGCGAUGGCUCAAGUUGAUAAAGCAAAUUUAUCGAAAAUGGAUGUUUUAAAGAGGGUUGAGGAAGCUACAUUAGAAAUUAAAACAAGCAAAGUGGCUCUUGAAGAAGCUUUGGAGAGAGUAGAGGCUGCAACUCGAGGAAAGUUAGUAGUCGAAGAAGCGUUAAGAAACUGGCGAUCAGAGGGUCAAAAAAGGCGAUCAUCGAUGCAUAACAAUAUGAAGUUCAAAAACCCUUCUCACCAUCAUAAACACGCUCGUUUAUUCGAUGUAUAUGGAAUGAAUCAGGUUGAUGAUGAAGUUCAACAACCAGUUCUUAAGCCGACUCUAUCGAUAGGACAAAUAUUGAGCAGGAAACUGAUGAAGCCGGGAGAGUUUGAAGGUGGGAUGAUACGAGAAAGAGGUUCGAUGAAACGGAAAGUGUCGUUGGGUCAGAUGCUUGGUAAACAAAACAAUGAUCCAUCAUGUUUUGAAUUUGAAAAGCAAGUUGAGAAAGAAAAUGGUCAGAAGCAGUUUUCUGCUAAGAGAAAGAAAUUUGGGUUUGGAAGAUUUUCUCUUCAUUUGACAAAACAACAAAAGAAGAAAAAACCAACUUUGAACUUGAGGUGA